AUGGGAAAGACAUAUAGGGGGCGAAGUUGCACGCCCUGGAAAAACGUAAAAACGUUAAAGAAUUGCGAUGUGGAUUUGUUAUUUUGUCACGACUUAACGAAAGGGGUCCAACACAAAUUUGUUUUCUUCGCGUUGAAUUUGCUAUGUGUGAGUAAGAAAUACGAACUGGUGUUUAUAACAUACGGCCAGUAUAUCUACGUGUACGAAUUGAAAAACUUUCUGGAAAACAACAUAAACAUUAACGUAAAUACUAAUUUUAACCAUAACAUUGCUAUUGGGAAGAGGAGUGAAAAUGGCAGAGACAAUGUUCUUGCCAAUUUCUGCAAACAAGAAAUAAGCCAAAAUGAUAGCAGCUUUAAAAACAUAAAUAAAAUAAAGUACGUCCACGAUGAAGUGAAAAAUGAUUUGACAUUAAAAUCGAUGAACAUUCCUGCACCGACUCUUAUCCUGUCCCCGCAUGUAUAUUCUAAAGGGUUCGUAAAUAUCAAGUGCGAAGAAAGAGACAACUCAGAUAAGUGCAUUCUAAUAUCUGUAGGAUGGUCCGAAGAUACCAGCGUCUAUUAUGUAGAGAAAAUUGUAGAAUGUAUUAAUAUAAAGAAGAAAUUAAAAAAUAUUUUAGAGAAAAAGUUGUUCGACUUGAAGAGGUAUGAAGAGAAUGCGACAAAGGAGACCAUCUAUUUUAACGGUAUACAUGGUCCAUGUGGCGACUCACCUGUUCCAACAAUGUUCACAAACUCAUAUCGCCUUUUAAAUAAAUUAAAAAUUGAUGAAAAUGAUUUUAUCCUAAGUUUAAUACACAACAAUCAGCAUCCAAAUGGAUAUUCCAAGGAGCUUCUAGAAAUGUUUGAAUUGUCUAAAUGCAUUAACAGUUUUGAUCAUAUAAGGAAUAAGGCCAAACAGAGGAGGAGCGCCCGUCUGUACAGAAUGCAGUUGAAAAAGGAGAGAAAAUUGGACAAAAGAAAAAAGCGUCUUAAUGAUCUGGCGUUCAACCAGCAUGUAACUGCUAAUCUGAAGAAGCCCCUCUUAAAAACGAAGAAAAUAAAUGUCUGCAAGAAGGGGUUCUAUAAAAAAUGGCUCAUCGAAAGGGAGUCCCUCGGAGGGGUAUCAGGAUUAGCACAUGAGGGGCGCAAUGGGGCCGUCCCAACUGUGUACAGAAAAAACGCAUUCAAAAAGGGGCCGUACAGAAUGAAAUACAUCUGCAUAUUGAGGUGUCCAAGGGAUGGGCCUAUGACAGAUCCGAAGAGCGCUAAUACGCAGAACACAAACACACGCAGUAACAUUAAGGUGAAAAGGAAGAAGUUUAAAAUUAGCGAAAUUUAUAGCAGUCUUGAGAGCGCGGAGGAGGACGCCUACGAUACGGACGACGGGGGGGAAGAUGGACCGUUGCUGCGGAAUGAUAACCCCUGGAUAAGGAAAAACAAAUCAAGAAAAAACUUUAAAAAAAAUCAUCAAGUUAAUUAUUUACUAGGCGAUGAUGCGAAAGAAAUGGAAGAACUCAACUUUUAUAAAAAAAUGAGGAAUAAUGUGUACAUGGGUUACAACCAAAGGAAUAACCACAUGGGUCUAAAUGAGCAGAAUGAAUAUAUUAACGCGAUUAGGGAGGAAAGUGAAUUUGUGAAUACGUAUAUUAAAUCAUCCAGUGAUGAGGAGUGCACAGCACACUUGUCGUCCAAACGGAGACAUACCAAUUGUAGGAGGAAAGGAAGCGGCCCGAAGUUUUACCGUCAUGGUGAUUUUUGCAUGACACUGAGGAGGGGCCUCCACAUGGCCCAACUGAUGGGGAAAAGGAAAAUCAAGCGGGUAGCAACAAAUAAAAGAAGGACAAGGGAUGACCAUAACACGGAAACUCACAGUUGCAGUAAGAGGGGAAGAUGUGAAAGGGGUGUGCGAGGUAUGCUCUCGCCAAUUGCGCUUCACAGGGGGAGAGGCAAAAUACGUAUUAAAAAAAAAUAUCAUCUAGAUGCGAAAAAAACGCAAAUAGACCGAUUAAGGAGGAACAUCAGAAACUACAAUAUGCAUGUAGAGCGAUUAAACAUAUUAAAGAAGGAAAGAAAGAAAUUUGUAAACUUCUGCAAAUUGUACAUAACGCAUGAGCACUACGAAGAAUUCAGCAAUAAGUUAGAGAACUUCCUAGACCCAAGUGUGGACAUCAAGUAUAAUAAAAUUUGGAAGCAGUUCAACAUUUUCAGCUUUAAUCUCUUCAAUGUAGAUUACAAUGAUAAGAUUUUAAAGUCCUCACAUAUAUACGUGCAACCAGACAUCGUUUUUAACAACAAAACUUACAUUAAGUCAGACACGUCCACGUGGGCCAUUUCGUUUAACUUUACAAAAAAUUUACUAGCCAUUGGGUCGAACACACACAAUAUAAACCUUUACAAUUUGAACAACUUUUACUAUUUCAGGAGGAGGUAUGAUUAUGAUGAGGCUCUUAAAUUUUUUAAAAAUGCAUUUGUGCGUAGGAGGGUUAAGGUGAAUCGCCUGUUCGUUAACGAUGACAGGGACCCAUUUUAUUUCGAUAGCACUGAUGGGGAGGGCCAGGACGACCAGGACGACCAGGAGGGGGUGAACAGGAAAAGUAAGAAUAGGCAGAAGAAAAAGGAUAGAACGGAAGACAAAGCGUAUAUAAGGGAAGGCAAAAUAAAAAAUAAUCGUUCCUCGCAUCACCGCCAUAGUAAGGAGGAAAAGUGCGAUUACAUUCUCCGUUUGGAUCAUUAUGAGGAGAGUGAAGAAUGGUCCACCUCGGGGAGCACCAGUGAACAGGUGAACAGAAAGGGGGGAAAGCGCUAUCAGCCAAAUGGUUGCGCCUUAUCAAAAGUGAAGAAAAAGAAAGAAAAAAACGACUCGGUAAUUUUUCGUAAUGAAUAUAUUAACCAUAAGGAACGCGGGAGCAGUGUAAUGAGCCGAUCAAACCUUGCCUGGGGGGAACAGGUAGGACAAAAAAGAAGCAGCAUAACGAACGGGCAAGAGGAACCCAUUCGUUCUUAUUCCAGUGACAGUGCCCCCUUUGAGAAAUGGAAAGACGGUUCGUUGUUGCAUUUUCAGGAUGGCGAAGGCACCAGUACAUGUGCCGCAGAUAAAGUGGGGAGGAAUAACAUUGACCCAGGUGGACAAAACAAAGCUAAUCCACAUAUGGUACCAACAACCCCCCAACCGAAGGACCCCAUGAGGGGCUUCUCCCCCAAGAAGAACAACAGUUACGCCACGAAGAUUAGCGUGCAAGACCAUUUUAAGGAGGCCAAUUUGCACAAAGCAGUUUCGUCCAUUUUGCAAAAAAGGAGCUACAUUCCGAUUGACCUGGCCCAGUUUUUCCUCAACAGAAAGGAGAAUCUAAAAAAAAUGCUUCUAACAAUGUCGUAUAAUUUCCCAAGUGAUGCAAUCAUUCUGUUUUUAAAGCAAGCUUCCAUCGGGGGCGAGAUCUACCACAUGAAGUGGAACAUUCACCACAACCUAGCUCAGACGGUUCAUAAGAUGAAGAAAUUAUAUGCCAAAAGAUUUGCCCCCAAGUACUGCCAAAAUUUGAAGUUGUUCCACCCCCACAUGGUGAUAAUCAACAACAAUAAGUUUUUGAAAAAUUGGUACAUUAAAUUUCUGCGCAGGAACAUACCCAGGUCGGGUCUGGGCGAAGCGCAAGUAUUCAACAAAAUGAAGAAGAGAAGGAAGAAACGACACAAUUAUUUGGAUAUUCUCACGGGUGACGAAGUGGGGGAAAGAUACCCACAUGGAGGGAGAUCACUUAAAGGGGCGCCCACUCAGCACACCCAGAGCAAAGACAUCGAAGCGGCUAAGGGUACUCCUGGAGCGGAAAGUACAAGCAGUGAAGAUGAGCCCAGUCUGCACAACGUCAUUUACAGGAAGAUCAAAAGUUGCAACAUGUCAAAGGUAGAAAGGAUCUAUGUGCUGCGCGAUACAAACGUUGAUGUGCAUAGGGGUAAAGUAAUAAAAUGCAACAAGCACCUGUACAGCUACAAAAAGGCCAAUAAUGUUUUAAAAAAUAUUAGCAGAAAGUUCAGACAGUUCAUAAAAGAGAGACACAAUUUUAGCUUUUCCCAUACAAAACGCUUGUUCUCAAAUGAGCAUUCCAUCUUCGUGGUUUUAGAUAAAAGGAGAAAGAAAGGGGAACUGAACUGUUAUGAUCGCGUUGCGGGGAAAUAUGUGGACGAAUUAAAAAUGGUUGUGAAGAGCAUCCAGAGACACUCGGCACCGGGGUUGUUUUUAAAGGGUCAAAGGGAAACUACCCCCACAGGUGCAGCAAUAGAAGGAGCAGACGCAACGGUUGUAGCGAAUGGAACAACCGUGGCUGGCAGAUCUGUCAACGGAGAGGAAGCCCCCACGAGCGAACAACCAGCGGUGGAAGAAGAGGCGAAUUUCGAUUUUUACAACAAAACCAUACUAGUAGUUUGCGAGCUGAAGGACCACAAUAAUAACACGCUGGACAUUAUGCACCUGACGAACGACCCGAUGGGAAGCGAUCAGGAUUUUUUGCAGGAGGGGCACCCUGGACCGGCAAAGGAGAAUCGCAGUAAUUAUUAUUCCCUGCGGUUUGAUGAAGGUGGCGCAGUGAAUGGCAAGAAGCAGAGAAGGCAAAGAAACGACCAGCCCAGGAGUAGUAGCGAUGGAAGUAGCAGAAGUGGUAGUAACCCCCCCUCCAGCGAUGCGGAAAAGACAGAAAGGAAGAAAACGAAGAAAAAAAAAAAAAAAAAAAAAAGAUGCUUAAGAAGCCUUAUGGCAGGUAAAGCUCACAUGAAUGGAAUUGUAAAUUACACCGUUGAGAUGGAAAUGGAUAAUCUGUAUAGAAAUAACCGCCUCAAGGAGGAUAAGAAGGAUAAAAUGAAGGUUAAAAGUGUGAUGAAUAACUUGCUACUAAAUUUGGAAGCCGAAUCAGGUUCGAACUCAUCCGAGUCAGCUAAUAUAUCGGAAGGGAGCAUGAACCGUAGAGGAUUAAAUUUCCCUGCAUAUAUAAAUAACAACACAACUAGCCAGAGUACAAACAAUUUUAACCGGUUCAUUAAUGGAGAUUUGUUGUCAGCGGGUGGGAGUCGGCUCCUAGGGAAUGGAUACAAUUCAGACGUUUCAAACAAUGGUCUUCUUGUUCGAGCAUUACACAAUUAUAGGAUGGUGAGGAAUAAUUUUUUUUACAACAUGAGGAAUAACAUACGAAACAAUCGACCAAAUUGGCCAAAUCGACCAAAUCGACCAAAUCGACCAAAUCGGCACAGCGCUAGAAAUGUACCAAACGUGAGAGAUAACUUCAUGGAUGAGAACACGCAGAGAGUUGUAAAUAACAUGAUGAAUGCUGCCCAGAAUAUAUUGAGCAUUAACAACAGCAUUGGGAACAUAACCGGUAGGUCUCCCAUUCGACGGAGGGGAGGUUAUUACACGUCUAGGGUAGUUCCACAACAGACAUCCAACUUGCGCAACAAUGAGCACAUUCCCCAUUUAGACAACCCACCUACAGUCAAUCCAGCUGUAUUUGUAUCCCCCCCGAAUGAGGAAAGUGAAUCUGGGGAAAGACCCGAUUUGGAAGAUUCACAAGUGGAUAACGAAACAACCUCGGGAAGUGUGCAUUUGCCAAGGGGGGACACAGGAGAAACAAGAACAUACAGAAGGGGAACACAAAUUAACUCCUACGCAAAUGUAAUAAUUAGAAACCUGUUGGCAUCUAACCCAGAUAGAAUUGCAACAACCCAGGAUGGUUGGAGGUUCAGAAUAAACACAACCAAUCUCGAUAAUACACACUUAACAUCUAGAGGAACUGCAAAUAAUGGAUCUUCCUCUUCUGCAUAUAACAACGCGGAUAGUAGAAACGCCAGCAAUUCGAGGGGUUUGCGACAGGAAAAUGAGCACCUUUUCCUCAACAUGCUAUACAAUAACGUUUUAAAUAUGAGGGAGCCGAACAGGAACAACUCUUCCUCUGUGGAGCCCAACAUGACCAACUGGAGUUCAAACGGAAUGAAUAAUUUGCAAAAUGACACACACAAUUUAAAUCAAGAAAAUAAUUCCAGAAGCAAUUUGAGAAGCACUUUUUUUAAUGAAGUAGAUUCCUUCACCGGGGAAAUAUCGCCCAUUAUUUUAGACCUAAUGAAGAACAAAAAAUCGGAAAGUGUAAAAAUGGAGGGAAAACAAGGAACCAUGCAGUGUAGGCGUUUUAGGGAAAUUCCUUCUGGAUUCAAAAAUGCCUCCAUGAAUGAUAAGUAUGAUGCCAUUGUUCGGUACGUAUAUACGCUUCCCCAAAGUGCUGAUGAAAUAAUGUUGACUCAUGGUCCUAAAUCAGAUACUCUUUUCGAUUUUGUCAUUGUGUGUGAAGGUGUGUGUGAGAAGAACGAGAGAGUGGACCGCGGGGCACCUGAAGAGGGGGGCAGACCUCCUUGGGGAAUGGACGGUUUGCAGGAAGUGGCUCUUAAACUGAGGGAUGCAGUGGCAGCAGCCGGAUCAGCGGAAUCAGAUCGAGUGCAUGCGGUGUUAGAGGAAGAAGCAUCGGAGGAAGAGACGGAUGAAAUGACGCCGGAGGAGGAAGACAACAACGACGACCAAGAGGAAGAAGAGCGUGACGAGGAGGACGAAUUAGAGGAUGAUUUAGAGGACGAAUUAGAGGACGAAUUAGCAGAUGAAUUAGCAGAUGAAUCAGUGGAAGAACCUACGAGUGACGUGGAGAAUGGCCAAAUAGACCUUCGCAGCAACGCGGAAGAGUCCGAAAUGGAAGACCCCCUGGAAGAAAGCCGAAGCAGCAGUUCACACAGGAAUGAGACUUCACAAUGUUCGAUCCUGGAACACAGAUUGAGCAAAGAUAACUUUACGGGAGAUGUUCAUCUUGGAGGUAUGCCAAUCGAAUGCACGGAGAGAGACACGCCAUGGAGGGAAGCAGAAGAAGAUUCCAAAAAAAUGCCCCACAGUAGUGAUCACGACGUGACAGAUUUGAAGCCAAAUCUGAGUUCCGCGUCUACUUUAGACAUGGAAGAUUCAUCGUAUGAGUCAUAUUAUUCCUCAUGUAGUCACACCACAAGCGAUUUUAGCAACAUAUCGGAAUGCCUAGUGGAUGAAUGUUCUGAAUGCGAAAAUGCAGACCUGUGUUUUGAGGGAAGCAACAUAAUAAAUUUCAACACAGCUUAUCGCUUCUUGAAGUAUGAGGGCUCCAAGUUAUACGUAAAUAACUGCAGCGUCAGCAUAAAGAGGAAUAGAGAAGGUCGGCUAUCCAAAUAUUAUUUAAAGCGGAAGGUUGUUCAACCAACAUAUCAGGGCGGUAACAGGCAUAGUGGACACACACAAAUUGUUCCGAUAGGAAUCAACGAUUUUGAAAAUAGUUCGUCCCAUCUGAGCAAGAAGGAAGGGCCAAUCUGUGAUGAAGAGGAGAACGCACCCUUGUGGAUGACGAACUGGGGAGAAGACACGCCCAACUGGAAGGAAAAAUCAUGUAAAGACAAAAAUAUCAUUACAUCUAAGUGGUUACAUAAAAUUCUGCUGCAACCAAAUUGCUACCUGAAUGAGGAGAAGAGGAAAAAAUUGGACAUGGUUUUGAAGGGAAAGAAAGCGAUGGAGGGUGAAAUGGAAGACAUGCCUGAGGAAAGACACAAAGAAACACACAGAAAAAAAAAGAAAAAGCACAUACAGAAGGAAAAACCAAUCAAAGAACAAAUCGAAUAUUUGAAUGUACUGAGGGGAGGCGAAAAAAACGAAUCAGACAAAAAUAAUACAAUUCAGAAGGAUCGCUUCUUUAACACAUUUUUAAGGUAUUACUAUUCCACUAUUGAGGAAGGUAAAGGGGACAGAAAAAAAAGAAAAAAAAAAUACAAAGGGGAUGCCAGCAAAAUGAAGAAGAAAUAUUAUGACUACAACGUCAGCGCACUUGUACAAUACAAAGCAGAACAAGUAAGAAACAGUCUUUACAAUGAUAAAAAUGCUAAUUAUAUAUUCAAAAAUUUACCUAACAAUGAGAUUAUGAGAAAAUUUUUCAAUAAAGUGAGAAUGAGUUCUUCUUAUAACGAAUCAAAUAGGUUGAAUGAAGUUCUCUGGACCUUUUCAAAUGUGACAUUCUAUUCAGCAGACUGGUAUGACAUUAUGUAUAAAUUAUUUUUUGAAUUGUCAUCCAGAUUUUACGAAAUUAUUAUAAAGCACCACAAGCAUAACAUCCCCUGUGUGAAAUUUUCACCGGACGACAACUUCCUUCUGUCCUGCUCGGUGGACAGAACCUUGGUUCUUUGGAACCCAUUCAAUGUGAAGAAUUAUGACUUGGACAGGAACUACAACAUCUACGACCAUGUGUUUCCGCCGAGGGAGGAUAGGAAAAGCAGGGAGCGUCACCGAAACGUUAGCAUGGUAAAGGAAAAUGUCAGGAGAAAGUCGAAAACGAACAACAGUCAAAACCGCAUGUCCCUCAGCCUGCUGGCCAACGCAACAAUCGAAACGAAUUACAGAGGUAAAAGAAGUGCCUUCGAGAAAUUGUUUCAUGAGAGCAAAAUGUACAAAUCGAUUAAGGAAAAGGAACUAUUAGCAAACAUGAAAAAAAAUAACAUUCUCUGCAAACGGGAAAUGAAGCAUAUGGGAUGGAGUGGUGACUUCCUUUUGAAGAAGAAUAUUUCCAAAUGUGAUAUUUUUACGGACCUAUUUUACAAAGAAAAUUUUUUCAUAGGACAGAGGCCUAGUUUUAACUAUUGUGUUUAUUUCCCCUCUAGGAACGUACAUGUGGAUAAUUUCUGCCCCUUUUUUCAGAAGUAUUCCUUUUUCCAAUUAUUCAGUUGUUCCAUUUUAAGAGGGAAGGGGAAGAUAGAGGGGGGCAAUUUACACGCCCUCCAUUCUUACCUGUACAAGCGGAAUAUGAAAAGAACGGAGUAUGUCCAACCAAAUAACAUCCAAGCCAUUUUCCAAAUGAUGACUGACAAGAAUAUUAACAGAAUGUCCUUGUCAAAGAAAAAGAUUAAGCAAAUAUAUUCGAUCAUGAAAUAUGUGUGUAAGAAUUUGCUAAAAUCGUACGUCGUUGUUUAUCCUUUGAAAUAUGAGGAGAGAAUACUCGACCUGGAAAGUGUAAAAUUGACGAGGAAGCGUUUAACACGGGAUGUGUGUGUUUUAACAGACUACGAAUACGGUCAUUAUGGGAAUAUGAUCACCUCCACGUGGAAUGACGAACAUGCGACGGAAGGGUGGACGGAGGAUCUCCAUAUGAAACCAUCCCGUAGAGAGAAGGAUGGAACAAAGAAAAAAUAUUACACUCGCAGACAGAACAAAAGAAAGAAUAAAAAACGGAAAGGAAAAUCUUCGCUCAUGGAAUCUGAAUCGAACAACGAAUCGGAUGACAGCUGGGAAACGGACCCACAUUCUUCUUCGUCCUGCGUAGAACCGGACAAGAACAACUGGAAGUUCGCAAACGCAGGUGGUGACGAUGACGACGAUGAUGAUGACAACCAUAAUGAUAGGGAUGAGCACGAUGCAGAUUACCAAAAAAGGAAGAAACAUGAAAAGUCGUUGUUUUAUAAAUACAUACGUGGUAUUAGGAACGAUUUUAGCUUUCACUUUUUACCGGGAAAAAGGAAAAGCUGUGAAGAUAACCCAAAGAAGUGGAUCCCACUUUUUGAAAAGCUAAUUCAUCAGUACGCAGAUUUGAAGUUCUGCAAAAGUAUGUAUUGUCAUGUCAAAUGCAAAGUGCUAUCUGACUGUAUUGCCAAGUUUGAGGCGUCCAAACCUAAGCUGUAUUUCAACUUCCACAUUACGGCAAAUUAUCAGGAGUCGAAAAUUCUGAACGAACUUUUGCAGAACUACGCCGUGUACUUCGGAUCCAUGGGCGGAACAAGUGGCACCAGUGACCAAAUGAAUGAACAUUUCCAGUCCUACUUAACGCAAAUUAAGAGGAAGGACACACUACGUAGGUGCAUCUGGAAGAAGCAGAUCGAGACGGAGGAGGAUCCCCCCGAAAUGCACUCCAAAAAUAAAAAUGUCGGAUAUACAAUUAUACUGAAAAACAACGUUUCGAAUUUCCACAAUGUGAUAAAUAACAUAGUGAACAUUUCCCAUAGCAAUAGAAUUAUUAACCAUCACAGGUACUUUCGCGAAAAUGAUAUGUACAAGGGCUAUCGGGGGGGUGUCUUCCACAAGGUGGACACGGGGGAAGCGGGCAUGACGGAUAAUACGGAGAAACGCAGCCAGAACGCGAAGUGUGACUCGAAGAAAAGCCGCCAUGAACAUUUUUUCGACGAUUUAGAAAAUAAUAGCACCGAUUUCUGCUCCUCCGAUUCGUUCAACUCUGAUGCAUAUUCUGCGAAACGGAAAAGAGGGAAAAUGAGCCAACGUAAAAUGAAGAAAAAUGAACGAAACGGCGAUAGAAAUGGUUCCCCACUGACUAAGAAGGACCUGGAGGACGUUCUCAGGAGGGAAGACAAAGUGUACAACAUAUGCUUCCUGCACUCAAGAAAUGACAACUAUAAGAUUAAAUACUUUGAAAAUAUAAAUGUUCUGCAGAAUAUGUAUAGAUACUGUGGGAGGGGGUUACUCGUGGUGAACGUAAAGUACGUGACGGAUGAUGCCCCGGAAGAUUCAUGCAACAGCGGGGGAAGCAGUCCAAUGGGAGAUGACCCAAAUAAACGCCGAAGCGUCAUAUUCCAGACGGACAUACACAUUUGCAGUGAGAAGAAGCCAAAAAAGAGGAACAAAAACGAAUACGAAAAAAAAGUACAUUAUAGGAAGGCAAAAACGAUCAUUUUUAUCAUACGAGUGAAUUUACAUGAACUGAGAAAUUACCAAAGGAGGAAAAUAAUUUUCGAAGAAAAAUAUGUUAAGAGCACAUUUUACAUUAAUCUGAAGGUGGUGAAAAUAUUUUACCAAAUAGCUUUAAAAAAUUGUAAAUUAUUACACAAAUCGGAAAAUGAGGAACAUGAUAAAAAAGUGAAUGCAGAGAAAAAAAGAAUUUUGAAGUCCCUCUAUGUGAAGGAAAGGUAUUCCUUCCUUGUGUACUUGACAAAAAACAUAUUCCAGAAAAGAAAAAAAUAUCCCCUAACACCAAGGCGUAUAUGCAAAUACAUUGUGUGGAUAAGAAAUAUCAUUUUAGACACCCGCUUGUUUAACCAUUAUGAAAAUUGUAAUAGCGAUUCACCACAAGUACAAUCAGAUUAUCGUUUUCUGUACUCACUCAAUUUGGACCUUCCGAAUACAACAACUUUAUUCAAGCUCUUUUUCCUCCUGCUUCCAAAAGGAAAAAGAGACACGCUUAUGCUGAACAUAUCUAUGUUGAGAUUUUUGUACUCUCAUUUAAGUAGGGGGUGGAAGAAAAGGGGCACACAUUUCACCUAUGGUGAAAAGAGUGUAAGAAAGGAAAAAAAAAAAAAAGCCUGCGCUUGUGUGAAAAAAACUCAAGAAGCAUUUGAUUCAUUUGUUGAUAGGGAAGAAAAAAGACAACUCAGUAAUUACAUAGUAAUAUCUGCAGAUAAGUAUAGACUAUAUUUGUCAAAAAUUAAAUUCACAAAAAUUACCAAGAAUUUUUUCACCACCAGAUUUGUGCCCAUACUAGAAUUAAGCAAACCAAUCGAACCGAAAUUGCCUGCUGCAUACAAGUCGUCUCGCAUUAAUUUGUUGAAAAUCAUAUAUGACAAGUCGUGUAUUGUGCUGGCGAACCAGUACAGCAACCUCAUUUUUGUCUACUUUGCGCAUAGGUGUGUUUACACAAAUUCAUACUUCCUUAUUCCCUACUUUACCAUUCCGCUGUAUACGGAACGCAUAGGAAGGGCGCUUAUCCCGAAUUUCAGCAAGGACGCCUGCAUCGGAGACAAGAAACGCCUUGUGAACAACGUAAAUUACAACUUCCGAAAAAUUUUGCCAGACAAUUGCAUAGAUAUGGACGAGGAGCUGAACUUUUUCAUCGCGGGCUUAGAUGUCAUCUACAUAAAAGGAAAAAAGAACAAUUUCGAGUUAACCGUCUUUGCAAUUUUGCUCAACAAUAUUUUGUUUUGUUACAAAUUGAAUUUUCAGUACUAUUAA